AUGCCUCUCCAAGGUCAAAUGAGGCACGACUUUCAGUCACCAUCCAUGGCUGACUUUGACAAGCAUCAAAUUGUUUCUCCCCAUCUGUCGGCCUUUUGUGAAAUUCCACCGGUAGACAAACUGGACCAGGCAACGAGGAUGUCUUUUCUCGUAUCCUUGACAAUCGGUCAGUCAGACAGAAUACCGGGGCAAGACCUAGCAGUCAACAAGCACAAUUGUCGAAAGGCUGUAGGCCGACCACCAGGAAGACAUAAACCGUCCCCUAAUGGUGCCGUUGCACCUCCUCAUCAUGAUAAUGACAACCGAAAAUCCUCGAGACCAUUUCGCUGCCCAGUAAACGCCAUCCUCGUCUUAUGCAUUUCCCCAGAGGCACAACAGAUCAAGCUGCAGAUUGUUGAGAGAGCUAUCCAGGCUUUGAAGGGGGCUCUGCGCGAAGGCGACAGCUUUGGCAUCAUCAGACCACGUUCUGAAGAAAACUGGGAAUACUCAGUGGCCAACUUUGUCGAAGGAUAUUGGGCAUGGGAUUAUGAUCCAUCCAGCACAUUAUUCCGAAGACCGAACAAUCUUGUAAAGGAGCCUAUGGCCGGUAUCAGCAUAGCGAUUGAUGCAUUGACGGAAAGGCAAUCUCCCGCCACAUCAAGCCCUACUCUGAUGGUCGUUAGUGAUGCAUCAACAGUCGAGACUUCUGGAAUUCAGAGUAUCAUAGCCCGGGCAAAUGUCGCUGGUAUUGGUAUCUGUACGUUCGGUUUUGGCGUAUCACACGAUCCAGAAGCCCUUGUACAGCUCGCCUCUGGAACCAAGGCAGCUUACACCUACGUCAAGGAUUGGAUGGGCCUUCCUGACUCUCUGUUGGCCUGUUUUCGGUUCCUGGAGAGGGUGGUACUAGAGAAUGUCAAGUUGACGUUUCGAACCGACAAUUCCUCACCAGUAUCGGUGCAGGUAAUCGGCGACAAACGUGAUUCUGGGAUUGGGUUAGAUCGAGAAAAGGUUACUGUCUCGCUCGGUAACCUCUGUCUCAAGGACCAGCGAGAUACUGUCGUACACCUGUGGUCCAGGCCUAACACAUUACAGUCCAAGACAAGUCAAGAUGCUGAGCUACCCGAAUCACCGAUCCUUGAGGAAAUCAGAGUAGGGGAUGGAGGCGGGCUUAUCUAUUUCCGGGUUGACGUCACCUGGGAUAACGUGAUACAUGAGCAUCUUGCAGUUCAACACCCAGGACCUUUGAUUGUGCAAGUUCCGAUCGAAGAACCGUGCCCUCGUGUGCAUUCGGCCGCGAUGAUACCUCGCAUGGGGUUUUACGUUUCACUUCAUUGGGGCAAUGUUGUAAAGCUAUGUCCUUGA